AUGCUGAUGGGUCGUGCUGAGGGUCUACCAAAGCUAGAGUCAGCAAAAGAUUUGUUGCUUUCUGACCCCGUAUCUGAGCUAGAUGGAGAUGUAGAAGCUGAUAUCCCUUCACAAAUUCUAUACACGGCUUCAUUUGAAGAACUAGCAUCAAAAAACAUACAGUACGAUACAAUAAUAUGGGUCUCAAUAUCUCUACUGCUGGUUUUAGCAUGGGGUAUUGGGAUCAUUAUGUUGCUGUAUUUGCCUUUUAGAAGAUGUGUGAUUAAGAAGGAUAUAGCAUCUCGCAAGCUCUAUGUUACAUCGAAAGAAAUAGUUUACAAGGUGUCAAGGCCUUCAUUUAUACCCUUUUGCGGAGAAAGGAAAAUUGAAAAGCAUGUACCUCUAUCCUUGGUUAUCGAUAUUAUCGUUGAACAAGGUUUCUUGCAGUCAAUGUAUGGAAUUCAUACCUUUAGAGUUGAAAGUAUAGCACAUGGUAAAGCUGCACCAGUUGACGAAUUGCAGGUUCAAGGGGUUUAUAACCCUGCACUUCUGAGGAAGGUUGUCGUAACAGAGGCUUCAAAGGCCAUACAAAAUGUUAGCAAUAGUUGGAAUCUUAAUUCUCAAAUUUUGGAUAUGGAAAGCUUGGUUCGUAUGGAAUCUCUAACCUUGGGUCCAGCUGUUUUGAGAUCUCCAUCUACAGGCUGGAAGACAAUGAGUUCUUCUCCCCAAAGAAAAGUUAACAAGUCGGUGAAGAAAAUUGAGUUUCUUAUGGAGAAGUCUCAGGCCUCUCCUGCAUUCAGUUAA